GGAAGUGAGGUUUUCGGCGGCGAUAUCUCCUCGGUAAGAUCUUAAGGAAUAAAAUAAAGCAGACACAAUUCAUCUCUAAAAAGAUUAUUUAUACCUUGGUAUUUGAAAUGCUUUAUGUUUAGAAUAGUAAUAAAAAUGGAAAAAGACAAAGUAAAUAAUGAUGGACAACCAGAUCCAGAGAGUUCCUUGGACUUUUCUGAACACUUUAACCAACUUGAGUUGUUGGAAACACAUGGACACCUUAUUCCCACUGGUACCCAAAGUCAGUGGGUAGGGAAUUCUGAUGAUGAUGAGGAACAAGAUGAAAAGACUGAAGAGUGGUAUCAAUUGCAAGAAAAAAAAAUGGAAAAAGAUCCAAGCAAAUUGCUUCUUUGGGCUGCUGAAAAAAAUCGGCUGAAUACAGUGCGGAGGCUACUUUCUGAAAAGGCCACUCAUGUGAACACUAGAGAUGAAGAUGAGUAUACACCUCUUCACCGAGCAGCCUACAGUGGACACUUAGAAGUUGUCCGUGAGCUAAUAGCACAAGGAGCAGAUGUUCAUGCAGUGACUGUGGAUGGCUGGACACCCCUGCACAGUGCUUGUAAGUGGAAUAAUACUAGAGUAGCAUCUUUCUUACUUCAGCAUGGUGCAGAUAUCAAUGCCCAAACAAAAGGCCUCUUGACCCCCUUACAUCUUGCUGCUGGGAACAGAGACAGCAAAGAUACUCUAGAACUCCUCCUGAUGAACCGCUACAUCAAACCAGGCCUGAAAAACAACUUGGAAGAAACUGCAUUUGAUAUCGCCAGGAGGACAAGUAUCUAUCACUACCUCUUUGAAAUUGUGGAAGGCUGCACAAAUUCUUCACCUCAGUCUUAACGGUUCUGAUCAUUUUCUUAAGUUUCUAAGUACCAGUGCCUCCUUUGUGUGAGAUGUCAGUAAUCCCCAUAAUACAAAGUUGACAUCAAAAGUCUUACUACAGAAAUUCAGUGGUACUCAUUAUAUCCUUCCCAGUGAAUUGCCUGGCCUUGAUGUCAAAUGCAUUUGAAAGUUGUUUGGAUAUAUCUUGAAUGAUUUCUGUGGAGCGUGUGAUUUUUAUCAGGAAUAAUUUUAACUUACCUAUACUUCAAAAUUUGUCAUGAGCUGUACAGAAAACUAAUGAUAUUUUUGGUGCUGAUUCAAGAAAAAUGUAUUUUUAAAUAUCCCCCAUCCUGAAUCUUUGUUGAAUAUUUAGUAUAUGAAAUGUAUUUUUAUAAGGUAAGGUAACUCAGAAUUCAAUUUAAAAGUCUUAAAUAUACUGGUGCAGUUCAGCUGUCAUCUCUGUGUUACCAUAGCCAUUUGCUUUCAUUUUAAACCGUAAGUACUAACAUAUAUAGUAACUUGAAUCCUGAUAACUUAAUACAGUCAAGAACCUAGCUUUUUGUCUUUUAGAACGUAGACCAUUUUUAGGAGACUGGUUAGCUGGUGUUUAAUCCAUGAAUAUUAUAUACAGCCUCCCCCAUCACAAUUACACAGUCCUGAAGACAGUCCUACCUCACCCCGGUCCACCUACGUAAUUCUUAUUCUACUGGUAAGUCAGCAUGAACUUGCAGUUGUGACAUGCCCACAACUACAGCUUUGUCGGAGAGAUCGUAAUAUAUCUGUUAGCCAGCUGGUUUUACCUUUCCAAUCCUGCUGACUUGGGCACUGCUCAUAUAUCCAUUCAAGUUCACAAGAAGUAUUCAUUUUACAGGGCCCUCAUUUUUCAAAAAACAUACAAAGGCCGAGUACCAAGGGAAAAGAAAUUCUAAGAGUAAGGAGAUGAUUAUUAUAUUGGGGCUAGAAUCACACAGUGGCUGAGGCUUUUUAAAAAGCCACAGUGUGGAUAGUGACAAAAGUAUAAAUACUCAGAAAAUAAGUUUCAAACAAAAAAGGCAUGAAUUUUUUUUAAUUGUAUAUAGCUUCCUUGAAUCCAUACAUAUUUAGUUAUCCAGCACGUUUAUUUACUAUCUACUCUCAGUGUUUCCAGAAUCAGUUUCACAUUCACUACCAACUCUCCUGUGACUGUUCCUGAAGGCUUUUCUCUUAACUUCUCAACACCAGAACCAACACACAAAACAAAGGGCACUAAAACAGUGGCCCUUUCCUUCAGUUAUAUUUUUUAAAUGUCCGCCAAGGUUUGUCUAUUCUGAGCCAACCCUUGUGACCUAAUCAACUUAGACUAAAUAAUAAUGUUUAAUCAAAUAUAUGUGCCAGUUUUUAGGUAGAACAAAAUUGGGUCAUCUCUGAAUAAUUAAUAUAUGAGCUGAAUCUUUGUGACAAACAGUAUCUUAACAGUUAGGAGAACUUCAGUUAUUUUAUGUUAUGUGGCAAGGAGAUCCCUGGGUUUCAGAGUGUUAGUGUCUAUGAUACAAGGGUUUUGGCAGAAAAUGAGGGUUGCUUCCUGUUUAAUCUGGCCCAGUUAGUGAUACCAAGUAACAGGUACAGCUAAUAGACAGUGACAAUAUAAUAGGAUCCCUUCCAUCCCAGUAGACUGUUAAGUGAGGCUUCCUAGUUGUCUGAAAGGCAAAGAUCCCAUGACUCCUGUCUUAAUUGAGAGUGAGUUGCAUCCAUGAUUUUAUAUAAGCUUUCCACUUAAGUAUAGGGUCAAAGAAGCCACCUUUUAAUCUGACCAGGAGCUGAGUUGAGAUGUAACUACCCCUUGGCUUCCAGACCACACAACACUCAGCUAGUGCAUGGAAACCCCUGCUAUCCCUGAGGGCAGAGUUUAUGUUGUUUGCUUCCUUUAUGCUUUCUUAGUACUUACUAGAUUCCUCUGUCUAUAGAAGGCAUUCACUAAUUAUGCUUUUGACUAUAUUACUUACCUAUAAUUUUUAGUUUGUUUUUAAAAAGCUAAAUACCUCAGUUUGCAAACAGAAUUUUCUCUAAUCUUAUACAGUCUAUCCAAAGACUCUUAAAAAAAUAAAGUCUAUGCUUUUCAUAACUAAGGCUUUAAUUGUGAUUAACUUACGUGCCUGAAAAAGAGGUGACCUUUUGUCAUUAUUUAAGGGACACAUCUUAAUUCAUAGGCCCUCAGUGGAACUAGCUGACUUUAUUUUUUUAAUCUUAAAUACAAUUCUCUGGGAAGCUUUCUGGCCCACAGCCUACCACAGUGAUGGGAUUUAGAGUCUUAAUUCUCAUUUUUAUUUGUUGGCAUCUAUUAAUGCACCCACCGCUCUGCUAGGACAUCAUGAUCAAAAGAGUCCCACAGCAGUUGCACUUGCUCUGAGACUUGUGUCCCAUAAUAAAAUGAAACCUCUAUAUCGGUUCUUGAUUCCUAAUCAACACAUAUACCAUCCUCACCCUGCCUGAAAUGGCUCUAGGAAUUUCUGGAACUGGAAGGUACAAAGUAUGACCACAAAGUCACUGAUUAUGCCUUUACUGUAAUUAGUUUAUUGUGGCAUGAUCUAGUCCCUCUGUAGAGUUACCAGGUGACCAUUUAACUUGUGCAACACGAAGUUCUUUCUCUAAGGGAAUUUAAGAUCUCUGUUUAUUAUGUUUAGAAGACCGUAAAUUAAGAAGGAUUGAGUAACUAUUGGUGAUUUAAAUUUCUGAAAAUUUCCCUUUGAAACCCUAAAUUUUACUUCUGGAAACCUAAGCAAAAAUUAUGUAAAUCAGGCUGUCAGAAAGAAACAUAAUGUGAGCCACAUGUGUAAUUUUUAGUUUUUUUCUAGUAGCUGCCUUAAAAACAGGUGAAAUUAAUCUUAAUAAUACACAUUAUUUAAUCUAAUAAAUCCAGAGCAUUCAUUUCAACACAAAAUAGGUAUUUUAAAUUAUUGAGAUAUUUUAAUUUUUUCAUAGUAUAAGUCUUCAAAGUACAAUGUGUACUUUAUGGCACACCGCACUUCAGACAGCCACAUUUGACUGGUGGCUACAGUUGAACAGGGCAGGUCCAGAUGCCAGAAGCAUUCCAUGGAGGCACAGCAGAAUAGUUAGAAGAAACUAAACUUUAAACCAGACAAAUCUGGGUUCAAAUACUGAUUGCCAUCUGUGUAUGACUUUGGUCAAAUAAAGUCAGUUUCCUACUAUGUAAAAUGGAGAUAGUGUCUAUCAUGUUAGAGCUCUAUAAGGAAUAAAUGAGCUGUACUGUAAAUAAUGUCCCUAAUACAUGGUAGGUUUGCAAAAAAAUGCUAUUAAGUGGGUUCCCUUACCCAGCAUUUCAAGCAGAAAUGUCCUUCCUGCUUUAGGUAUUUGGAUCCUUGAAGAUUUCAAAGCUCUAGCUUUAUACUCCUAUAUGUAUUGUAGUUCCUCUCAUGACUUUGCAGUAAAAUAUGCAGCAUAGAGCUUCUUUCAAGAAUCCAAACGCCUCCACACUUAGAAAAAAUGCCAGCCUCAUCUUCCAAGGCCCUUACUAGGUGUCACCAGUCUCCAAUAGAAGAAAAAAUUCAGGAAGUAGGCAAAAUAAAGAAAAAGAAUUUCAGCAAAUACUUAACAAGGACUUAAAGGAUAGGAGAUUCUGAGAGAAAAUCUAUUUUCAGAAUGGAUCCAGGGCCUUAAAAUUGAGAGUGGCUUAUUGCUCUUUCUGUGUACAACUCCUCUAUGCCUAGUGAAUGAAUUGCUCUUUUAAAUUCAUACCUGAUUUUUUCCCUUUUCGUGAUGGGUCUUGUUAACAUUGAGAAAAUGGAAUGAAAACACAAACAAAAGCAUUCAUUUUUGAUUUAUUGCUUUAAUUGUCCACUUGAAACUCAGGUAAAUCUAAUUGUUCUCACUAGGAAUUUAAUGACAUUGCCAUGACCAUGAGUGCCAGCGGGUCUCAGAGAAGCAGAAAAUCUCCUUAAUGAAAUGUAUAGCUUAUAAAAAUAUAAAAGCAAA